UUUGGAUUUUGGAAGGUGAAUUGAUCCCAAUUGGGCGCGCUUAUUGUUCUUAAUAUAGUGUGCAAGAUAAGCUGCAUCAUCCUUGCAUGCGUUUUCCCCCCGAUUUAGGUUCUUAGAUUGAUCAAUCUACGCUGAGAAGGAACUUCUUGUCUGCGGAUCGAUCGGGGAACCAUGGACUCCAUAAUGAGCAAGCUCCGUAAUCUGGAUGCCUAUCCCAAAAUCAACGAGGAUUUCUACAGCCGCACCCUCUCCGGUGGCCUCAUCACUAUUGCCUCCUCCGUCCUCAUGCUCUUGCUUUUCAUAUCCGAACUUCGAUUGUAUCUUCAUGCAGUAACUGAGACCAAACUAAUUGUAGAUACUUCAAGAGGAGAGACUCUACGUAUCAAUUUUGAUGUUACAUUUCCUGCCCUACCUUGUUCAAUACUCAGUCUAGAUGCAAUGGACAUCAGUGGAGAGCAACAUCUAGAUGUGAAACAUGAUAUUGUCAAGAAAAGAUUAGACUCUCAUGGGAAUGUAAUAGAAACAAGGCAAGAUGGGAUCGGUGCCCCCAAGAUUGAAAAGCCUUUGCAAAGACAUGGAGGCAGGCUUGAGCAUAACGAAACAUAUUGUGGUUCCUGUUAUGGUGCUGAAGCGACAGAUGAAGAUUGUUGUAAUUCCUGUGAGGAAGUCCGCGAAGCUUACCGGAAAAAAGGUUGGGCAAUAUCAAAUCCAGAUUUAAUUGACCAGUGCAAAAGAGAAGGAUUUUUGCAAAGGAUCAAGGACGAAGAAGGUGAAGGAUGUAAUGUCUAUGGAUUCUUGGAAGUAAAUAAAGUGGCUGGAAACUUCCAUUUUGCCCCAGGGAAGAGCUUUCAGCAAUCUGGUGUCCACGUGCAUGACCUGCUUGCUUUUCAAAAGGACUCUUUUAAUAUAAGUCACCGAAUUAACAGAUUGGCUUUUGGAGAGUAUUUCCCUGGUGUUGUGAAUCCGCUGGAUGGUGCGCAUUGGACACAACAAACACCAAGUGGAAUGUAUCAGUAUUUUAUAAAGGUUGUGCCUACUGUAUACACUGAUGUCAACGGGCAUACAAUCCAAUCCAACCAGUUCUCUGUGACAGAACACUUGAGGACUGGAGAUGUGGGUCGUCUUCAGUCCCUGCCUGGAGUUUUCUUCUUCUAUGACCUUUCCCCAAUUAAGGUUACUUUUAGUGAAGAGCAUAUCUCAUUCUUACACUUCCUCACUAACGUGUGCGCCAUAGUUGGAGGUGUUUUCACGGUUUCUGGAAUACUGGAUUCGUUUAUCUACCAUGGUCAAAAGGCAAUCAAGAAGAAGAUGGAACUAGGCAAAUUUAGCUGAUAAUUGGUCUAUUGUAGGUUGAACUGGCGUUAUUUGAUUAAUUUCCGCUGAAAGGCUUCAUGGAGAUUGAUCAAUUGGGGAGAAGAUCGACUAUUGAAUGAAAUUCUCUUUUGGUUUUCCCGAGUUCUUUCAGACUCAACGAAAGGAUUUUGCCAAUAGAUCUGUUGUCUAUGAGAGGUUAAAAUGCUUAGAUCAUACAUGUGCAGCAAAUGCCUUGACAUUCACUUUCUGAAGCAGCUUUAAUGAUGUGAAUAUUACAUCUUUAAUCUGGAUGAUAGACGGGUAGAGGGUGAUGAGGUGAUCGUUCAUGGCAGAAUUAAAUUCCCGAAGGGCUUAAAAGGAAAUUUUGUCUUGGAGAAUAUAAUCCUUAAUUAAAACGAUAAUCUUUAACU